CCCCCCUCGCCCCUCUCACCCCACUGGGGUGGAGGUGGAGGAAACUAAUAAGAGCACCCGUCCCUCCCCGGCUCCCCCGUCGCCGAACCCAAUCAAUCCCCUGCCCCAAAUCGGCCCAGCCCCAAACCUAAUUCGUAGCCCCAAAUCGCCGCCGACUGUCCCCGACCCCAAACCCAAUUCCCGGUCCCAAAUCGGCGAGGCGACCGUCGAUGAUGAUGAUGAAGAGGACGCGAGCGGUGCAGUCCGGCCACAAGCUGCGAUUGUUUGUCCCUCCAGAGUACCCUUGUGUCAGGCGGUUGCGUCACCGGCGUCUCCUCGCCUUCCUCUGGCUCCAGGGCUACGGCUCUACCUUCGUCGCGAUGUUGAACCACACAAACUCCUACUUUUGCGUCUUUCAUCUAGUGCACCUCGUGUCCCAGGGCCAGUGGACCAAAGCCUUGGAUUACAUCUUCCCUCGCUUCCUGCCGCUGGAGCCCCCUUGCACGCCCAGCCUCCAGGCCAGUGUCCUCGUCAAGUUUCUUCGCGUGCACCACUUGUUCCACGAACUAGCCUGCUGCAAGUUUUCUCGGGACUGGAGAGCCAUGUGGGCUAAAGCAGCUAAGAUCGUCGGGGACUUGGCUAACAGGACCCCAGAAUUCAAAGACCGGCUGCUACUGCCGGACGGCCUGAUGGGUCCGCAGAACGUACUCCCCAUCGGCUUCGGCUUUGCUCCUUUCCGACGGAGGCGGCACAUCAACAAAUGUACCCGUCCUACCACAAAGCAUGCACGUCAAGAACAUAACCGCCGGAUAGCUUAUAUCUAUCUUCACAAGAGGAAGAGCAUGCCUUCUUCCAGCCACUGCAGCCAGGAGUUGCCACCUGAAAUCUUUGCUAAGGCGCGGGAUGAUUGGUUUCAGACAAUUUUUGAGGAAUGUAUUAAAGCUGCUACACACCUGGAGCUUAAUCAAGGGUGCGUGCUUCAAUCGAGUGCGAGGGAAGGUGCUUCUGUUACUGGAAAUUCCCAGCCCCAAAUCGGCAAAUGUCCCCAACCCCAAACACAAUCCCCAGUCCCAAAUUGGCGACCGUCCAAGAUGAUGACGAGAACGCGAGCGGUGGUGUGUGGCCAGGAGUUGCAACUGUCUGUCCCUGGAGAGUACCCCUGUGUGAGGCGGUUCCGUUACAGGCGUCUCCUCACCUUCCUCAGGCUCCAAGGAUAUGGCUCCACCUUCGUCGCAAUGUUGAAGCAGACAAACUACUACUUCUGCGUCUUUCAUCUGGCGCGCCUCGUGUCCCAGGGCCUGUGGAACGAAGCCUUGGAUUACAUCUUCCCUCGCUUUCUACCGCUGGAGCCCUCUUCACCGCCCAGCCUCGAGGCCAGUGUCCUUGUCAAGUUUCUCCGCGUGCACCGUUUAUUUCAAUUGGAAGUAGCCAGGAUCAGUAAGAUUUCUCAGGACUGGAGGCCCAUGUGGGCUAGAGCAGCAAAGAUUGUCCGGGAUUUGGCUAACAGAACUCCAGAAUUCAAAGACCGUUUGCUACUGCCGGACGGCCUGAUGGGUCCCCAGAACAUACUCCCCAUCGGCUUCAGCUUCGCUCCUUUCCGACAGAGGCGGCACGCCAAGAAAUGUACCCAUCCUACGAGCAAGCAUGCACGUGAAGAACAUACCCGUCGCCUAGCUAAUAUCUAUUUUGACAAGAGGAUGAGCCUGCCUUCUUCCACACACUGCAGCCAGGAGUUGUCACCUGAAAGCAUAGCUAAGGCACGGGAUGAUUGGUUUCGGAGAAUUUUUGAGCAAUGCAUUAAAGCUGCUACAUGCCUGGAGAUCAAUCAAGGGUCUGCGCUUCAGUCGAGUCCGUGGGAAGGCACUCCUGUUACUGGCAAUGUGAUAAACCCUAGAUUUUCUUCGGUCCCAUUAACAACUGAUGCAGAUACUUUUGGCAAUGUGAUAGAUUCUAAGAAAUCUUUCAUCUCAUCAGUGAAUGGUACAGUGGCUAAGACAGGUUCUGCAAUCUCCCAGACUAUGUUAAAUUCUGAGGUCACAUCUACUACAAAUGCAGGCACCUGUGAAGAAAUAUGUUUUUCCGAGCGUGCUUGUCAGGGUUCCCAUCUAAGAAAGAGGUCAAUGACAGAACAGGUGGAGGACUAUUUAGCUACAAAAAAGCGACUCACUACUGGGGCCAAUGGUGAAGCAAGCACAGAUAAAGAAGUUUGUUUUACCAGGAGUGUUUGCCAGGGUUCUCAUUCAAGAAAGAGACCAAGGGCAGAAAUGACGGAGGACUAUUCAGCUACAAAAAGGCAACUGAUAUCUGGGAACAAUGGUCAAUGGUGAAGCAAGCAUGACUCAGUCUGGUACCGUGCUUUUAGCUGGAGAAAGCGAUGCUGUUGGAGUACUAUGCUGUUUUGAUGCUUUUGCCGCUUUUGUUCUGUUAUUUCCAGCUUAAUCGAGACUUGCGAAUGUCCUAAAACUUGUGAGUUCGUUCAGUUAUGCCACUGUUAGCAUUACUGAUUUAAGAUAAUGCAUGAAGUAACUCCGA